AUGUUCAAGAAAGAAAUAGUUAAUGUCAUAUGUGAUGUAAACAAAGAAAGUGAUGUUGCAGAUGAGCAAAUGCCAUUUGAUGACACAGAUGAUAUAGACAAUAUAAAUGAGGAAACAUAUGACUUUGAAGUGGCCAAUCCAUUAGGUACAUCAAAGAAGAAGCACAAAAUGUGUGCGGUGUACUGGGUAAUCGCCAAUAUACCAGCGAAACAUAGAUCAUCACUCAACUGUAUCCAGCUUGCUCUUAUAUGCAACACAACCACAGUAAAAGAAUGUGGUUAUGCUAAAGUGUUGGACCAACUUAUACGUGAUAUAGCUGCACUGGAAAAAGAUGGUGUUUACAUAGAGGCCUUAGGUGCAAGUGUGAAAGGAACUGUUUUGUAUGUAGCAACUGACAACUUAGGUGCUCAUGCAUUGGCAGGAUUUUAUGAGAGCUUCACUGUUGAUAAGUUGUGCAGAGUCUGCAUGGCAAGUAAAAAUGACAUUCAAGAAAAAGGGGUCUGCUCUGGUGCCUUUGAGCUCAGAGACAAAGACAGAUAUGACAGAGAUGUGCAGAAAGUUCUGGAAGAUGGAGAGCUUGGUCGGACAUUUGGUGUGAAAAAAGAGUGCCCUUUGACUGCAAAACUGGAGCACUUCCAUGUGAUCAAAGGUUAUCCUCCUGACCUCAUGCAUGAUCUUUUGGAAGGCAUAGUCCCAGUCAAGAUAUCAUUAUGCAUUUCAGAUUUGAUUUCCAAGGGAUAUUUUGACCUAGAAACCCUAAAUCAGCAUAUUGGAUCAUUUGGGUACAUGUUUACUGACAAAACUGACCAGCCACAGCCUAUUACAAAAGCUUGUUUGACAAAAGGCACUAUUGGGGGAAAUGCACAUGAGAACUGGUGUCUAAUUCAGCUUCUUCCAUUUUUUGUUGGUCAGUAUGUUCCUCCUGGGGAAAUGGCAUGGGGAGUUCUCAUGCUUGUCAAAGAUAUUGUGGAGUUAGUAGUUGCCCCCAGGUUUACUGAAGACACACUUUACUUCUUGGAGUCCAAGUUAGCAGAACACAGAGAACUACUGUGGUCUACUUUCCCAGAGUUUAAAUUACAACCAAAGCACCACUACAUUGAACAUUAUCCCCAACUUAUUAAAGCAUUUGGUCCGUUGUGUGGUGUCUGGACUAUGCGCUUUGAGGGCAAGCACAAAUUUUUCAAAAAGGUUAUUCGUGAUGCUAGGAACUACAGGAAUGUGGCUCUUACACUUGCGGUGAAGCACCAAAAAGCAGUCAGCUAUCAUUUGGACUCUAGUUCAUUUUUCAAACCUCCAGUGGAGAUGGAGAAGGUCACUACUGUCCAGAUAUCAUCUUUCCCCGAGAAUGUCCGAAGGGUACUCUGUCAGAAAAUCCACAAGCCAGAAGCAAUUCUUGUAGCAUCAUCUGUCUGUCUAGAUGGAAUUACAUACAAAGCAGGUAUGGUAGUCUCUGUUGGAUCUUGCUCCGGUCUUCCUGAGUUUAGACAGAUCACGCAGAUUGUUGCAGUUCUUGCAGAGAUAAUGUUUGUGUGCAGAGUAAUGACGGCAUGCAUACAGAAUAGGUGGGAAACUAAUGGUCACUCUCAAACAUUUUAUUCUGUGCUGAACAUUCUCCAUCUUCCUCCACAGAUGGCUGUGCAACAGAGAAUGCUUAUGAGAGUCAUCAUCACUGAAGCGGACAUAAGGAAGGUGGAACUGACAACAAAGCCUGAUACAGUUGAUCUUUUGGUUGGGUCCCUUAAAGAUGUGCUUCAAACAAAAUACAACUUCACCCUUCAGUAUAAAGAUCCCAACUUUGACAACGAACUCUGUAAUUUAACCGAGAUGUCAGAGCUACCUGAACGACCUACUGUCAAAAUCAUUCCUUUGCUUACUCUUGAGGCGGUACCUGACAUACAGAUGAGUUCACCCACAAGUGGAGAACUAAGUGUCACAACAAGCCAGGCUGACACUGACAUCCUUCCCUACUCACCCCAGGAACGACGCCAGUGGCCAGAGCUUUUUGAUAUGUAUAUACCAAAAUUUUCUGUAGAUGUAGAAUACAGACUGCGUCAAGCAAACCAGCUGCAUCUCAGAGAUGGAACACACCUCCACCCAUCAAAGGAGCUAAAACAUGACAUCCUUGAGAGGCUCGCCGAGACCAUAUAUGCCACGAAAGCUUACCCAACAAAUGCGGAAUUUGAAGCUGUUGCCUCAGCACUGGUGCGAGUGCACCCAUGUCUGAAAGAACAAGGAUCAAUGUCCGGCUGGAGUUCCUUUUUUGAUAUUUCAGCACACAUGCAGUCCCUUCACCACCAUACAUCCUCAGUGGGAAUCAUCUUGGAGGGCAAGAUUGUGAUGGAUGCCGAGAACCUGCCCCAGGCCAUGUACAUCCUCUUUGGACUUACUUAUGCGCUGCAUCUCAACUACCCAAAGUACAUGAAAAACACAUCUGACUUUAUUCAACAGAUACUUCUGAACUUGGACCUGAACAGACCUACAAUGGCUACUGAUGGACCACACGAGGGAAACAUGGAGGUAUUUUCAGACAUAUAUAAAGCUGAAUUAGACCAAAGGAAUGAGCUUUUACAAAGAGAAUUACGAGAUCUGGAAGUCAAAAAACUAGUUUUUGGUAACCAGGAACGCGACUUUGAACAAAGGGUGGAUGCGUUUGAGAAAAACAUAGCUCGCAUCAGGGAAAGUCUCCAAGAGGAAAGACAGAAAUUGGAAACAAAAACGCAGGAUCUGGAGAAAAGAGAACGCCACUUUGAGGAUCAACAAAAGAAACUAACGAAUCAUGUUGAUGAACUAAAGACGAACUCUCAGAAAGGAAGAGAUAAUUUAGUUUCAACUCAGUUACUUGACGAACACAGAGUAAAGAUUGAGCUGGAAAACAGGGAACUGCAGAAACAAAGACAAGAAAUUCAAGAUGAGUGGAAUAAGAUUAAAGAAACUCAAAUUGCAAAUUGUGAGAUGGCCAAAAACUUGAAUAGGACACAAGAGAAAGUCGGAGAUUUAUGGAAAGCUUUACAGGUAAGCAAAGAGAGAUCAACAGAAGAAAUUAAUAACUUGAAAAGAGAUCUGGAAAGACAGAAAUUAGAGUUUAUCGAAUCUAAGGAACAAACAGAAAGGGAGUUAACUGCAGAAAAGCAGACUCUCCACGAUGAGAAGGAGCGUUUAAACGCUGGGAAAAUUACUCUACAGAACCAGAUCGUUGAGUUUCAGACUGAAUCGGAGCAGAUCAGACAGAUUCUGCUCAAAGACAAACUAGAUGUUCAACUUCUGAGAGAAAAUCUGCAGGAGGACAAAUUGGAGGUAAUGAAAACAGCAGAAGGGUUCCAGAAAGAGUUCAACGAAAGUUUACAGGAUUUGAAGGAGAAGCUGGAAUUUCUGAGUCUUGAGAAGAGAAGUCUGGAGGAAGAAAAACAACGUUUUCUGAUGACCAAGUCAGAAUCAGAGAAGGAACAAGGGAGGAUUUACAAAAUCCUUGAGGAAGAAUUAGACAAUUUGCAUUUGGGAAAACAAAGUCUGGAAACACAAGUGAUGGACUUUAGGGAAGAAAUUGCUGCAGCAGGUAAGAUCUUAAAAGAGAAGGAAACUGUUCUAGAAGAAGGGCUGGAGGGUCUGAGACUUCAGAGAGAAACUCUGGAGGAAGAAAAGACAAAUUUCCAGUUAACAAAGUUCAGAUCGGAAGAGGAGAAUAAGGAAAUACAGGCUUACCUCCAACAAGAGCUGAAAAAAUUACGAGUUGGGCAACAGAGUCUAGACAAACAGAUGAUGGAGUCUGAACAGAGAGAUGUAAAUUCAGAGCAGAUCAUUCAAGACAUUCGACGGGUUCUUCAGGAAGAGAGAGACUGUUUAGUAACGCUCAGACAAAACCUGGAGGAAGAGAAACAACGUUUCCUGAUAACUAAGUCAGAAUCAGAGAAGGAACAAGGGAGGAUUUACAAAUUCCUCCAGGAAGAAUUAGAAAAUUUGCAUUUGGGAAAACAAAGUCUGGAAACACAAGUGACGGACUUUAGGGAAGAAAUUGCUGCAGCAGGUAAGAUCUUAAAAGAGAAGGAAACUGCUCUAGACGAAGGGCUGGAGGGUCUGAGACUUCAGAGAGAAACUCUGGAGGAAGAAAAGACAAAUUUCCAGUUAACAAAGUUCAGAUCGGAAGAGGGGAAUAAGGAAAUACAGGCAAAAGAGCUGGAAAUAUUCCAAAUUAGGCAACAAACUCUCAUCAAACAGAUGACAGACUCUGAAGAGAGAAACAUAAACUCAGAGCAGGUCAUUCAAGACAUUCAACGGGUUCUUCAGGAAGAGAGAGACUGUUUAGUAACGCUCCCACAAAACCUGGAGGAAGAGAAACUAGAGUUUAUGGAAAAAAGGGAAGCAGAAACUCACCUUUUAAAGGAGAAACAACGAGCUCUGGAAGAAGGGGUUGAACUUUUGACUCAAGAGGAAAUUAAUUCUUUGGAAGCGAGAAUGGACGAAAUUCACAGACAUAUUGGACAAUGUUUCCAGCUUCUUCAAGAGGAAGAGGGGCAUUUAGAUCAGAUUGGGCAGGAGCUGGAAGCAGCAUCUUUAAGUGUCGAAGACGAGCAGCCACCUAUGGAGGACAAGUCAGACAGUCCCACAGCUGCGUCUGAAGAUCUGGGGGAACUGAAUUUAGAAAAAACUGUGACUACCCAGGUACCCAGUGAGGGGAACCCAACUCUUCACAGUCCUCAUGAUGAUGAUGAUGUCAGGGAACUGAGUUUAGAAAAAACAAAGACAAAUUCAGAAGAGGAGCAUAAAGAAAAUUAUGAAUGCUUCCUAGAUAAGUUCCAGUAUUUAGAAGCUGGGAAUCAGAGUUUAGAAGAACAGAAGAUGGACUCAAUAGAGAACGAAAAAGAUUCAGCCCAGAUUCAUCAGGAGGCGCAAACACUGGCUGACCAUGUCUUGGGAACUGGAUACCUGUUAGGUACCCAGUACCUUGGUACCCAGCAAUGGGUUAGAGGGCACUUGUUACUUGGUACCCGAUACAGGGGCCCUGGCUACGCAGUAUGUCCUCAUAAUGAUGAAACACAAAUGAUUGAACUAAGGGAAGAAAUGCAGAAAGCAUCUUUAAACGUCGAAGACGAGCAGCCACCUGUGGAGGACGAGUCAGACAGUCCCACAGCUGUGUCUGAAGAUCUGGGGGAACUGAAUUUAGAAAAAACAGUGACUACCCAGGUACCCAGUGACGGGAACCCAACUGUUCCCAGUCUUCAUGAUGAUAACGACGAGCUUCCAGAGAACCCCGGGCCUGCCCAUGGGAGCGCUGAAGAAGAAUGGGAGGCUGAAGAAGACUGGGAGGCCGAAGAGCCAACGCCUUCUACAUCUGGCCUAGGAUCCAGCUGGGACUAACCCGACUUCUACUAGAGACGUCUUCUUCCAGAACACCAAUGAAGAUCAGAACAGCAUAUAAAAGUGAAGUAGGGAGCUUGGCAUGGGUUUAGAUUUUUUUAAACUAGGAAACAAAGAAUUUGAAUCAGGAAAACGUAAAAUUUUCAGAGAGAAGAAACUGAAUGGGUGAGAGAGUAGAUGCUGCAAACCUGCAGGAACAGGAUUGCAGGCAGAGGAAAUAAUACGAGCAGCCAAUCUAAAUUUAGUAAGUAGUAACACACAGUAACACGAGGGGUUAAACAAAGGCUCAAAGUUUAGAAGAGCAGAAAAUUAACCUGUAGUUCUUCAAGAGCUUCUGCAGGAGGAAAUAGGAAUGGGUUAAAGAU